AUGACUGGGUUCGCAGUGAGAGCAGAUGAGGAGCGCGAAGUUCAGACGAAGACCGCUGAGGUUGAUCUGUUCUUCGAACGAGACCUACAGGAGAUGUCAGCAUACUUCAAGUCUGAUUGGUUCGAGUCGACCUCCACGUCUGGUUCAAUUGACGGUUUCUCAGUCGAGAGCAAUGGUGAAGAGUCUCCAACAGUACCUCUAUCGGCGUGCUCUGAACUCACUCUCAACAACCUGGCUCGCGUGCCUGCCGACAGUAUCUUCGAUGAAAAUGGUUUCCUGCGUUCCGAUACAUCCUCCGCGAUGUCACAUUUCGAUUUAAUCAGCUCCGCCUCUACAUCACCGGUACCACGACGAACCCGUUACAUCCGACGUGAGAACCCGACUGGGCACAGAAAGUAUCAAGCUUGGGUUAAGGAUUCUACCAUUCUUCGGGAUGUGAACAGUGAGCAGACCGAACAUUCGAAGGAGCGUACCGAGAUGAACAGGAUCGGAGAAUACAAUACGAUUAUUGGUGAAGGAAAAAGUAGCAACGUUACCGAUAGUGGCGCUACUUCAGCCAAGCUGCCAGCCAAGUUUAGGCGUGGGCGAAGAAGAAAGACGGUUUAUAAAGGGCCGAUAUGCUACAGAUGUAGUAGAAAACAUCACAUCAGAGACUGUGGCGUUCGAAAGUUGAAGGGAAAGAGAAACAAGAAGGGCUGGAACAGCUAA